UUGGACAGGGGGUGGCCCAAUUUCCUUCCUUCGAACCAGGGCCCCUGCCAAUCGUGCGCCGUCGCCGAGCAUAAUGGUUGUGAGCAAAGUCCGAGAGGUCAUCACGGCCAAGGCUGUUGAUGACAUCGCACACCAUCACUUGCUAGGUGCUGCUGUUCUUGCAGUCGAUACCGGACUUUUCCCAAGGUCUGCUCUUAUAAUCUCACCACAGCCACCACGUGUUGUAUGUAUAUUGAACUUCUUUCGCACUGUACGUAACCAACCGUGCCAAUCGGAUUUGCGGGGGAAGGACAACAAACAACUCUUUAGAUCCCCCCCCUCGGUCACGGACCUCCGGCUGCCACUCAAAUGCUCGUGUUUGUAACCUGCCCACGCGACGCAUAGAUCACGUCCACUCACCCGUCGCCUCAACACAGGCUCAACUCAUGUCGGUGCUCGACUCGCAGACAAACUCUUGCCAAGUUCAAAUCGAAGUUAUCACAGUGGGAAGUCUGCUGUGGGCAGCUGACCUACGGAUAGACUGGCCCCUGGAAUGUGGGGUUUUACCUCUGGUACAGGACCACCGGCGAAUAAUGAUUCAAUGCCCCAAUUCGUUUGAGAAGACCCACACUUUUAUGAGACAUGAAAUUCUGAACUACCUGCACAGGGAAACAAAUGAGAAGUAAUAUAUGAAGUGCAAAAGUAAAUCUAACACGCCUUAAAAAAAAUAUAAUAGGCGACGUUUCGGGCAAUUACUCUUCUGCACAGCACAUAGCGAGGCAGUCAAUUGACUCUAUCGCGUUUCAGGCCUCUUGAGUAUCUCUCUUCGCGGAAAACGGCGCCGUUGUCGAGACCCAAUGCCACCCCCACCACGUUAUGAACAGGAACAUUUUAUCUUCUUUGGUUCUUUCGGUAAAGUCACGUAGAAUGAGAAUAAAAUAAUAAAUUAAAUAAAUUUUAGUGGGCGGUGGCUUUCACGUUGCCGGCAGUGACGUUUUCGCGUGGGCGGGGCGUCUCCGUGGUAACGUAAAGCCAACAUGGCGGACGCCGGGCCUCCAGCGGUUACCAUGGUGAGCGACCAAAAACUUCGCAUCAAAUUAAGCGACUUUACCGAAAGAACCAAGAAUAUAAUGACAACAUCAACGAUAUUACUGCCGAUGGGAGCGUAACAAUGUGUUAAACUGUAAAGCUUACCUGUCGCAACCCAUACGGUUUACCCCGUAUUCUUGUACAGGGAAAUUUAGUUUUCAGGUCCACGCGACGUACAGCCGCUUCAAUACGGGCAACAUUUGUUUUUUUAAUGUUUGUUUGUGUUUCUCCCUUGUGAUGGUGACUUUGUUGGAUGAACGUUGAGAUUUAUAAGGGGCACGGGGUGACCAGUAAGGUCUGAAUUGGUUUAAUUGGGUAGGGCACUGACAAGGGGUUGACGCGGGUAUGGUAAAGCCGUUGUGUGCGGGGUUAUUUUAGUUUUUAUCGUUCUGAGGCGGUUUGAAUUUAACGACACUGGUCGGUCAAACAGUUUCGCGAUCCCGUUGGAAAGUUUAGUUUUUGUCGUUGUUAAAGUUCCACGGCAACCGUACUCGGGUGUUAGCUCGCUUCCUCGCUCGCUCGCUUUCAAGCGCUCCCGUCGACCGCCUUCUUGGACACAUUCGCCGUGACCAGCGCACGAUGCCCGUCGUGUUAUAAAAUUCAUGUUAAUGACGGCGCGGAGUCACGGUACGUGGCGUCACAUACCCCGCAAUGCCCACGGAUCUCGUCGCAUCUCGGAAGCGAAGCAAAGAGGGGGGAGGGGGGGGGUUGAGCCUGGAUAUGUCUCGAACGGAGUCGCCAAUGGUGCGCGGCAUGGUAGCCACUGACUGCUGUGGAACAACUGCGGCUUGGCGAUGCACAAACGGGAGUUGUACAGCGCACCGUGCUUCGAAGCUCCCGCAUACGGUGACCACCGCGAUGACAAAGCCGAGGUGAAGUAUGGUCAAAUUAACCCCAAUCUUCGAACCCGCACCGCAGGAGAGUGACCAAGACGCGUCCGAGGGUCAGAGCGGGGAGGGAGCGGUGAUGGAGCCUCGGCAAGACCGAGGUGAAACGGACUCCACCGAACACGAAGCAGACCCCGUGCCCUCAGACACAGCAGACAGCACAAUUGGUGAGACGCGGGGCAUGGAAGACACCGAUGGGGCAAUUGAGACGCCUGCAGAGGGGGACACCGAUGGAGCCGAGACAGCGACAGCCAAAGACAUCGAAGGGCCUGAGGCAGCGGCAGCUGGAGACACGGACAGGGAUGCAGCUGAGACACCAGCAGAGACAGACACUGGCGGGGCAGAAGCGGCAGCUGACACGACGGCUGUCGCAGACGGUGACAGCAAAGGCGAAGAGGUUGCGCUGUUAAACAGCGGGCGCGAGGAGAUGCUGGCAGUGGGAGAGACGGCCCCCACAGAGGCGUCGGCAUCUGACGAGGUGGACGAGGGGGAAGCUCGGAAUCCGGAUGGAGCGGGCCCGGAAGUGAUCGUGAUGGAGGGGGAACGACUUUCCCCAGGUCCGGAACAGGAACCUGCACCUGGUGCUGAGGGUGAUGGGUCACCAGUGGAGCUGCUCACGGAACAGCCUGACGGUCAAGACAGCACAGAGAGAGCGGAGGGAGACUUGGCUGCGGCAGAGGCAGCGGAGGUGGCACAGGGAGAUAGGACCCCCGCAACACCAACCAUCAUCGCGCCCGACGAGGAGUCUGAGCGGUCGAUGGAGGAGCCCGUGUCACGGGAGCCAAGCGCUCACGAUGGACGGGACUGCGUCAAGGCCGGGGGCGACGGAGCCAUGGUAGGUAAUUUAGAUGCAGUAGAGGAGCAGGACAUGGAGAACACCGUGGAGGGUGAGAUGGAGCCACAGAUGAGUCAUGAGGAGCUUCUGGAAAAAUACCAGGCUCUGCAUGAGACCCACGAGAAGCUACUGAGGCGGAAUGGGCAGCUGCAGCACAAGCUCGCUGAUUACUUUCGCCGCAAAAAGGGCGAGGACGGACGAGUGGAAGUGGAGCGCGGAGGCCUCGACCAGGAGCAGAAGUAUCUCAAGUACAUGGUGGCCAUAGAGGAUGUGCGCCGCCAGGAGCAGCAGCAGCGGCUGGCGCUGGAGCGGCAGGUGGCCGACCUGUCCGCACGGCAGCAGCAGCAGCAGGAGUGCGUGGAGGCCGAGUGGCGGGCGUUGGCAGCCUGCAAGCGGCAAGCGGUGCUGGCAGCAAUCAGGACUCGCAUUGGGAGGCACGUGUCCAAAGAGGAGCUGAAGCAGAUGGAGCAGAGUGAGGAGCGCAAGGAGGAGGAGGUGGCGCACGUGCGUCUGCAGAACAUCAAGCUGAAGAACCGGUUGAGGAAGCAGGAGCAGAUGCUGCGGUCCCGUGAGGAGCUGGGCGAGGGGCUGCACCUCAUCGACUUUGAGCAGCUCAAGAUCGAGAACCAGACCUACAAUGAGAAGGUGGAGGAGCGCAACGAGGAGCUGCUGAAGCUCAGGAGGAAGAUCACGUGCACCGUGCACAUGCUCACGCAUGUCAAGGAGAAGCUGCAGUUCGUGCAGGUCGAGAACGAGGAGCAGAGGGCAGCUCUCGCCUCUGUCGAGGUCCACGUGGCGCAGAGACGAGACGCCCUCACGAGAACCAAGCAGGCCCGGGACGCCCUGCGCACCGACAACAUCCGCCUGCGCCGCCGUGCGGGGCUGCUGGGGAGCCCCCAGCUGCUGCGUGACCUCGAGGUGGCGGUGGACGGCGCCGAGCGGCUGCGUGGGCGCCUGCAGGAGCUGCGCGCGCGACACGCCGAGCUGGCGCUGGCCGCGCGGGGCGUGCGCGCCAAGGUCGAGCAGGCCCGGGCCGUAGCGGCCACCGGUGCCAGCGCCCGUAGAGGAGGAGGAGGAGGAGGAGCACUAGUGAGCACGUACGGCGCCGGCGCCCUCGCGUGAAGCCCACUGGUGCUCGGCGGCAACCAGCAGGGGUUUAGCGAAGGUGCUGCCUGCGUUCGUUGUGAUGGUAGUUCACUCCAUCGGAUGGAUUGCGAUACAGAGACAGUGAUAGGGAUAUACGUGUUUGAUAUAGUUGCGUGAGUUUGACCAAGUAAGUGCUGUCUCUUUGAUUACGAUUGAUAGGAUGGAUACAAAAAAAUUUCCGAAAAAUAUAACCUACUCACAAAGAAGGUUUUUUUUUUAAAUGUCCGUGAUAUAUAUUUUUUGGAACAAACACAUUUACAGUAACAACAACACUACCUUUAUAUACCUUUCGGGAAGAAGACCUCAGAAAGUGUGUGAAAGAAUAAACAGGAGAAAGCAGCUGCAGGUGACGAAGUUUGUCCAAUCACAGAUUUAUUCAAAGCUACUGGGAAAAAAACACAGUGCGUACAGUGGGUUUGCGAAGAGAAAAUUCAGUUUCUCAAAUGGGAAGUUAUGCAACGUGAAUACAAACAGGGCUAUUUUGACUUCAAUCAGCUAUUCUCUCCUCCAUAAUGGAAACCCAGUGACGUUCCCUGAGAGCAGUGUUCUUCACUAAUUUCCAGGGGGGGCGGUCGCUUUUGUUGAUAAGACAUCAGUUGUGAGGGCCGUCACACUGCCUGCAAGGGGUGUUUUCACAUGUUGUGUGUUGUCGUGGGGGCCGUACAUCAGGGACUGCACUAAAGGCACCAGGGGCUGCCAGUGGCCUGCAGGCCCUGCAAUGAAGAACACUGCCUUCGAGCUCAUGAGCCAAAGGGGUUGGCUAGCAUCACCUGGGAUUGCAAAGGUUACAUGUAUCUACCAUUAUAUACGCACUUAUUUUUAUUGUUUUAUUGCAAUGCUUGCGGACUUUUGCCCCUUCUGCGCAACUCACACCCACGUCGCAGUGGCGUUUCAACAUCACCUGACAAUGUAGAUUCGCCUUGAGUGAUUUUUGCUCUCUGAAGUAGUACCAAAUAAAUCAAUGCACAUGGUAAUGGUUAGUUUUAGGGCUAGUGUUUGGAUUUACGGGUGGGUUAGUAUAAGGUCUAGUGAAAGAUUAUAGCGAGAGUCAACAUGAGGGAUAAUGGUAGUAUUAGCGUUAGAAUUUGGGUUAGAUUUCACAUGUAGUAAAGUUGAAGUGACGUUGGGCCUAUACAUGGUCAUUGGUCGUGUCUUGCUUGAGAUCCUACGGGAAGUGGUUUUAGUUUCACAUGCAGCUUUUACAGAUGUCACUCUGAAGUCUCGUGAAAAUGAGUCUCGUGUAUAGAAAUCAGUUUAGAAAUUAUAUCUAGAGCCGUCCUUGUGGUACGGCGAUUCGGGCGGAUUGCCCUGGGCCCCGCAUUUUGGGGGCCCCCAUGCUUCUGGUUUAGUUUGAAGGCGUCGCAGGUCCCACAGAGUGUUUUGCCCUGGGCCCCGCACCUCCCAUAUGGACGGCCCUGAUGAUAUCCGUUCACUUCCAUUGAGAACCAUUCCCAAACAUGAAAACGGUCAUGCCCUAGUGUGUUCUGAGUUCGUAAAGCAAAAGUUAGAGAAAGGAGAGGAAGAGAAAGACUGAAGAUAACAUGGAAGUAUAACAUUAACAGGGACAUGACAGGAGCUGAGGUGACAAGAGAUCGGGGAUGGGGGGAGGGACUACGGGAGACCUUCGACAGAUAGAUAGAGGGAAACUUGGCUGGCUGACCCCAUAGCAUCGUGGAAACUGGCCAUAAAAAUUUCUAUCGCGAUUCAUGAUUGGUUUCCUUUUGGUUAUAUUACGUAUGUAUAAGGUCAAUUCGAGAGCUAUGCACCCUCCACCACCUGACAAAGCCAAAGACACGAAGCUGUUUUUCAGCAAAACCGGUUAUGUUGAAAAGCAAGCAAUUUUGUUUACAAUUGUAUACGACGUUUCACUGGUUAUUACACCCAGCACCAGUAGGUGUGAGCCAGAGCUCAGAUCUCUCGUGAGGUCUGAGAUUCCUGCAGCGUCAGUAAAAUGAGAAGCACCACUGUCAUCUUACAUAGAGCCUGGCACACACCAUAGCAAUGUAGAACAUUUCCACCAAUGCCUCAGAACCCCCGGCAUAGUUAAAACAACCAACAGAUGCGGACACUAUGACAAGACUGACCUCUGACUUUGCAUAGGCACCCAGAGGUCGGUGAAUAAGGGGAAAGAUACCCCUGUAAGAGCUGACCUUGGAGGUCAACCGUCAACUGAAUUUCAUCUCGAAGACGCUGGGUCGCACUUAACUGUGUUAGAACUACACGUGGGAGGUGCGGCUUUCCUCAAUUAUUGGGGAAUUAAGUAGUCGCCUAACUUUGGCAGUGGCGAAGUACAAGCAAUUACUCGCAUGCCCAAUCAUUGCCCAAUUAAAUGAUUUUGCAGGAGGUACAAAUGGAAUCAUCCAUAUGGUGACCACAAAUGCCAUCGAAGAGCUUUUCCGAACUCAACCUGCAGUCAUGAAAUUCGUCCUAUGCUUUUCAAAUACCACAUGAAAGAAAAUGUUUAACUUUUCAAAAACUGCGAGAUCUAGCAGAGGGAAGGAAUUGACAGCUAGCUGUAGUGGCAUCAACGGAUAUUGCUGGUGGUGCUGACGUCUCAUUUUUAGUUAACUUGAGUGGCUUAGGCAACCGAAAUCCUGCGUCUCCUUCAUUACUUAAUAGCUCCCCUAUGAGCUUGGUAGAUAUUCCACGUUCCUUUAGUAGGUGCCAGGCUCUCUAUAUAAUGACCUCAAUUAAAAUGUCAUAGGGUGCAAAGUGUAGCUUUGUAGAAACAAAAAUAUCUGCGACUUGUAGGAGGUAAACAUGGCCCUGGAUGAAAAUCGGAGCGCAGUAUUCUCCCAGGGUCUCAAGUCUGUUGUCAACCUCGAGUAAAUAUUUUGCAGUGAAGGAAUCUGAGCUCUUGACGUUAAGUAACCCCUGCUGAUUGACUGUGUUGGCCAUGUCUUGGUGAGUGGCCCUUAUUUCCUGAGUGCCCUCUCAUCGUAUUUCCAGUCGUCGUGUUGGGGCACGAUAACAAGUUUUCAACAAAGUAGGUUACCCGUCUGUCCAUCACGUAUCGGAUUUUCAACGUCUCCCCACAUGUGAAGGGUUUUUCCAUGCACCAUGGUUUCUCUCUGUGCAAGAACAAAUAUAUACCAAUAAGGGAAUUGAAUAAACACCCUGAGCAGGGCCCUCCUAAAAAUAGUGUUGAGACUCGGCAAGUCCUUGCUAAAUAAAGAACUGGCACUGUAUUAUAGUGUCAACUCGGGUGGUGGUGCUGCUGUGGUCAGAGCAUUGAGCUCACAAGUGGAUUGUCGCAAGUUCAAUUCCUGGUAAGAGAGUCACUUAGUGCACCAUCGUAACCCGCAAAGCACAAGCAAACUAAGCAAACGCUCGGGGCCCCUAGCAGUUAAAGGGGCCCUGGAUUAGAAAAAAGAAUAGUGGUGAACCACAUAUCAGCUGGAAUUUAGAUCCUAAUAAAAUCGAAUAAAAAAAACCAGCCAAUUAA